AUGGCGUCGAAAGUGUCGAAGGGACAGCGGUACAUCGGCGAAACUAAAAAUCAACUCAGAGAUGGAUAUGGAAUCUAUAAAUAUCCCAAUCGAUUCUUUCGCUAUGAAGGAGAUUGGAAGGAAGGAAAGAAGCAUGGUCAUGGCAAGUUGGUCAUGGCAGACGGGAGUUACUACGAGGGAGAGUUCAUCCAUGGAGAGAUAGAAGGUCAUGGUUACAGGAAGUGGUCAUCAGGGGUCACCUACUCUGGCCAAUUCUCAGAUGGAGAGAUGAAUGGCCAUGGAGUCAUGACGUACUCUGAUGGCACCGUGUAUGAAGGAGAGUUUCUAAGCAACAAACGAGAAGGUCAUGGUAUUUUGAAACAGUCAGAUGGUGCAGUUUAUGAAGGUUCAUUCCACAAUGACAAGAAACAUGGUGAAGGUUCCCAGAAGUAUCUUAAUGGUGAUUUGUAUAUUGGUGAUUGGAUCCAAGGAGCUAGGCAAGGAAGUGGUGAACUCAGAUGUGCUACAUCUACCAUUUAUGAUGGUCAAUGGAGGAAUGAUCUGUACAAUGGAGAAGGCACUAUGAUCCACUGUUCAGGCGUGACAUACGAAGGGAUGUGGAUUAAUGGCAGACCAGCAGUGGAAGCUUCCCAGAUUGUGGUUGUAGGUGACGUUGAGUUAGACAUGUACCAAGGCACGUCCUUCAGUCUAGAUGUUGAGAUACGAUCAGAAACAGGACAAGUUGUCAGACAAGAGAAUGGUCAUGUGUUACAGAUCACUGCUGGCUUUAGACACUACACACCCAGCCAAACAUCGCCACUCUUUGAUCUAAUUGAAGACAUGGAGGAGAGACCUUUACCAACACCAUAUGGUUAUGAUGUGGUAGCUUACCCAUUGACAGAAUAUAGUUACAUUGAAGAGAAGUACAACCUGGAUGGAUUCAUCCCUAAACCAUCAACAGCACUAACAGAAGUCACGACCAUUGAAGUCUCCAUCCCUGAAGAACCAGUGCAUAUACCACAGAUUGAAGUAAUUAACCCAGUAAGUGAACCGACUGAGGAAAGCAGCAAAGUGGAUCAGGUUAAAGCAGCAGAAGAGAGUACGAGUGAAGAACCUCAAACCAUAGAAUCAGCAACCCAGGCUGGGAAUGAACCUACUGAACCUGCUCCAGCAACAGCAGGUGAGGGUUCUGUAGCAGCUGACCAGCAGCCUCCAGCCAUGGCAGAGCUUACAGAUGAGACACCAGUACCUCCAGCUAUAAAUAAUCAAAAGACAGAGAAUGGAUGUACCUCAUUCAAGGGAUUGGUACUGCCUGGAGCACCCCUUGGCUAUCGUCCAUUCAAUGUUCUUGAUAUUAUGAUGGAGGAAGAAGCCCGAACCAAAUCACGUAAUUCUAAAACAGCAGGGCUUGCUCAGCAAUUACGACUUGGCGCUAAGCUUGGAAAGAACGUAGUGAGCCUACGCCCUGUGCCCCAAACAACUCAACAGUCACAUUCCGAUGAUCUACCAGAUGCAAACAUGUUAGAGAAGAGGGACCCAAAGGCAUAUAAGAUCAAGAGAGAAAAGAUGUAUGGAGAUGAACGAUUUGCAAGACCUGCUGAAUAUGUGAUAAUGGUGAAUGAUGUAACAGAUCCACCCUUCCUGGAUAAGCGUCUACCUACCUCGUACAGUCUGGUGAGAAUACAGCACCCAAAGAAGUCCAAGAAAGCCAAGACUCCCUCCACCAAAGGGUCCAAGCCUGGCUCCAGAGGUUCAUCACAUGACUAAACGGAAUCCAAUCAGAGCAAUCGGAAGAAAACAUGGAUUAGUGUUCAAGUGGCUAGACUGCAGAACUUGCAAUCACAAGGUCGUGUGUUCGUAUCCCCCAGCUAACCACUGAUUCCACAAUGACAAGAAUAAAUAUUGUCGUCUAGUUAAUGAAUCACAAUUUCUUGAUUUGUGUAAUUCAUAACCAAAGCUGUUAAAUCUAUGAUUGUAUGAGAGAGAUUGGCUGUUGCCAGGUUGGUUUUUAUAUCCCUUUGUGGGAGUUUGCUGAGUUCCCUUGAUGGGAAGAUCAUUCAAUCAAACAAAAACCAAUCGGAGAAGCUAAAGCUUUCGGAGCGUUAUUCUUCAAUCAGCAAGCCAAUGUAUGUCUUCUGUGAAUAGAAAUAAUGAUAAUCGCGGUUCUCUUGUAGUGCACAUGUCCAAGCUAGAGCAAGGCUCGUACAGCGUUUUUAUCUAUAAGGUCAUUCGGCAUACUCACCUCCAAUUUCCUCAGCUACCUGGGCCCAAUUUAAUGGCUCUGCUUACCGCCGAAUUCUGGGCUUACGAUCACGAUUCCCCGCUUACG